CUAUUUGUCGUUGUCGAAUUUCGUUCAUUUUCCAGGUUGAAGAAGCUGGUUGUUGUAGUUGACGAAGUGUUUAUUUGUUAGUUAGAUAAUUUAUAGAAUUUUUUUUGAACAAAUUUUUUUUAAGUCUGCGAGAAACAAAUCUUAUUUUGUUGAUUUCCUCUCUAAAUUUCUGUGUUGAGUCAAAAGAAUUAGGAGUUUUAAACUUUUUAUUUUAUGCUUUAUUCAAGGCGUCACUUAGAUAUGGGAGACUUCUUUCAGACUAGAACAAGCAAAUGGGAAAACAGUUUUGGUUCCCAUUCACAAGGUAGUCCACCCCAAAACUCGUUACUUCUGUUUUGUGAUUUGAUUUUAAAGUACGAGAAAUAUAAAAUUGAUACAGAUGAAUUGGAUGCUGAAUCCUUUUCAUCAGGUAGUUCUGAUAGGACCAAUGACAGCUUCUCUUCAGAAAAUGAAAAUAAUGAUGAUAAAUAUUCAAAUGAUGAUGGAAAGACAGAUUCUGAUCAAGAUGAUUCUUGGAAUCUCAUCACUUGCUACUGCAUGAAGCCAUUCAGAGGCCGUCCUAUGAUUGAAUGCACUCUUUGUGGAACCUGGAUACACAUGUCUUGUGCUAAAAUCAGGCCAAACAAUGUGCCUGACAUUUUCAUUUGCCAGUUUUGUCGCAAACCGAAAGACACUAAACGACGCUCUGAGAGGAUACGCAGUGAGGAUAGGCGGUUUUCCUAACAUGUAUCUACGAUACAAAAGUGUGUUCAUAGCUAUCAGUGUUAUCUAUAUUUUUUUUUUUUUUUUUUCCUUCCCCAUUGUACAUAGUUUUUAAUUCAUGCGCAUAUCAUUUAUCUAUCAGUGUAAUAUUUUACAACUGCCAACUGUUUAUAUAGUUUGUUUAUAAAAUAAUCCUAUGUUUUACCUUGUCUUCAUUUUUAAUGAUUGCCAAAUAAGGAUAUUUUGAUAUCCAAUAUACUGUGUACAUUUUUCAGUGACUGGUGACAACUUUGUAGAUAUAAUUUGGGUUUCAACUUGAAAUAAUCUAUGAAGAAUUGUUCUGAAAGAAUUGGGUAAGGCUGGUGCUUAAUUUUCAUCAGCUGUUGCAAAAAAAUCAAGGUGAUGUUCCGGUGAAUAAGUGGUCUUGUUUUUAUAUUGGAAUAUUAGGGUUCUUGUGGUAAGGCUUUGGUUUUGAUAACCAUAAAAUCAUUUAAAAAAAAUAUCUUAGUUUCUUAAAUUAUUCUAUUAUUUGAACUAAUUUCUCUUUGUGCCAUUUUUUAAUACAUAUAUAAAGUUAUGAAUGGUGUUUUACAAAAGAAAAAAAGUUAAUUAUAUUGUGAUAUGCAUAAAUUGUAUUUUCAGAUAUCUAUGUAUAUCAGAGUAGGACCCUUGCUUUUAGUUUAUAGGCUCUGACCUGAUUAUAAUUCUAAAAGAGGAAAAAAUAUAUUAAUCCUUUAUAUUCAGAGUUGUAAAUAGAAUUGAAAUUUGCAUGUUCUGUUGAAUAUAAUAUUCAAAUGAAGACAAAAUUAUUGUUUCUUUAUCCAUGUUUGCAUAAUUGAUGUUCAGGUGUGUGUAUUUAAGAAUUGGAGUGAAUCAUUUUGUUCCAUUCUCAUUUAUCAUUCAUUAAUAUUUCUUAAAGGGCUUCUAUGAUCAUCUAAUCAUCAAAUAUGAGAGUUUUCAAACCAAAUGUUUCCUAUCUCCCCCUUUGUAAAGAUUGUUCCAGUUUACUGGACACCCAUCUUAAUAAAGUGCAGUGUUUAAAAUUUUCAUUUGAGUAAUUGAAAUGGCUGUAAGUCAUUUGCAUUUAUUGUUUCAAAUCACUUAUUAACAACAUUGCUUGACAUUAUAAAUUUCUAUUUAUAAAAAUAUAAAAUUGUUUUGAUUUUUUUUUUUUUUUUUUCCCAUUUUUGUUAUCCCAGGGUGUUUUAUUUAGUUUUAUUGAACAAAGUAAAAUUUUCCAAUUAAAAUACUUUCCAAAAAUAAACAUUUUUAUUAAACUAAAUAAAUCUACUUUUUUUUUUUUUAUCCCUGACUUAUUGGAAAAUUUGGAUUAUAGUUCCUUUUCUACAAAAUGUCUAAUUUUAUUACAAACCUUGUUAUCAUAUUUCUUUUGUAGUGUAAGCUAGUAUUUGUGAACAAAGGGUUUUUUUAUUAUUAUUUAAAUGAAUUUUAGUUCCAUGUUUUAAUGAAUCUAAAAUUUUGAUAAAUUAUUGAUGGCAGAAUUUAUAAAAUUAAUUUUGAAGCUUAUGUUUCAGAAAAUAAGUUUUAAAAAAACUUGUUUUUUGCUUCCUCUUAUUUAGAACCCGAUAGGUAUCUGCUAUUCACUUGUUUAAUCCAGCAAAUUUAUUUGUACAGAAAAAGAAUAUAUAAUGUAUAUAUAUAAAUUUAUAUUAUUAGUUGUGCUUAUUUGUUUAUAAUUUUUUCUGUAAAUUUUAUUUCUCAGAUUUUUGUUUAUGGUUGUAUGCUUUAUUUAAAAAAAAAAAAAAAUUUAUACCCUUGUUGAAAAUUUGACUUGUGAGCUUACAGUGUUUGUUACUGUACAUGUUACAACAAAUUUUCUAACAAAUGUUUUAAAGUAUAUAACAUUUUUAUUGAUGACAGAUUUAUCAAAACUCCAUACUUGUGUAUCUUCUAAAAUGUAAUUAAUUCUUUGGCUUGCAAAUUUAAAUGCAUUAGAAGCUGUUUAAUGUCAGAAAUGGAGUAUAUCUAUAUGUUUAUAUAUUGUGUAUGUGUGUAAAAUAAACUUUUUAUUAAAGACAAUUUAACUUGCAUGAAAUUGACUGAGACAGCAUCAUUUAUUAUGGAUUCACGCAUCAUGGGAGGGGGGGGGUCUGAAUGGUAACCCUUAUGAGGAGGAAAUCUCCCAUUUUUCAUUACAAUUCAAAAUUUAAAUUAAACUGCCUCCUUCUCCUUUCAUGUCAUUUUAUAUUAAUAUGUGUUUUUAGGUAGUUCACUCAUGUAAAUUAUCUGAAUUACAGCUGUAUAUAAGUAUUGUUUUUACAAAGGUGUAAGUCGUGAAAUGUUCUUUUGUGAUGAACAAUUUCAAGAGUUGUGAAAUGUUUUGGUGCGAUUUGGUUUUGCUACCUAGUCGAUAGUUAUGCCUUUUCAAUUUUUCUUUUUAUUAACAUGUUACUAGUAUUUUUAUCUGAUGCUGUUACAGGUGCUGUAUCAAGACAUUAAAUUCUCUCAUGAUUCUGGCUUCUUUCCUUUAACUUCCCCAUUUGUCAUUUCAUACCUUGGAUACUUGUAUUAUAAAUGCUAUUCUGUUGCUACAAUAUAUGUGUAUUGACGUAUUUGAUGUUGUGGAAUAUAAUUAUAGAUUUAUAUUAUUGCUUUAAAAGAAAAUAGCACUUUUAAAUUUUUUUUCAUUGCUUAUUAUGAUUUUUUUAACUGAAAUUUUAUAAAUUGGUGUUUUUGGCUGGUUAUAAUAUGGCAUGUGGUGCUGAGUAUAAAUUAGAAAAUUGGAAUUUUAUUUUUUCUUUUUGUUGCUUGCUAUCUAUGAGAUAUUUAUGUUAGAUAUAUAACAAUAUUCUAUGUUUACAUUAUUUCUUUUUGUUAUUAGCAUUCCUUGAAGGUUCAUGAUUUGCAAUUCAUUUUUCUUUUUUGUAAAUAAUGUAAUUGAAAUGUAUAUUUUUGUCGAACAUUCACAAAAUCAAAUGGCAGUUAAGCAUUUUGUGAUUGACAUUUUAAAAAUGUAUAUUUCCUUGCAAUAUUAAAGGUUAUGAAAAAUUG